AUGUAUGAAGCACGCUUGGUGGAUUCGAUUGUCCGAAAAGUGUUGUGCGAGCUGAAGAAAAAUUUUGAGUUGGUUCUUUCUAAGAAUUUGGUCGGAAUUGAUCGUCAUGUGAAGGAGGUCAUGGAAGUUGUGGAUAGUAAAAAAUCUCAUGCCACCCUAUUUCUUGGCAUCCAUGGAAUGGGAGGCAUUGGUAAGACUACUCUUGCUAAAGCCAUCUACAACAAGCUUUCCAAUCAAUUCGAGCACCGUAGCUUCAUUGCUGAUAUAAGGGAAUCAUGGAAGCGUAAUGGCGGACAUUACUUGCAGAAUAAGUUAAUCUAUGAUAUAUUGAAGCGCGAAAAUGAAGUUCGUGAUGAGAAUGAAGGGACUAACUUUAUUUCCUCCAAGUUUGAAGGUAAAAAGGUCCUCCUCCUUCUUGACGAUGUGGAUGAUGUCGUUCAAUUGAAGCAUUUGGCUAGUGAGCGUGAUUGGUUUUCUUCGGGAAGUAUGAUCAUUAUUACCACCAGAAACAAGAGGAUUCUUCAAGAAUUUGGGGUGGACUAUGCCUAUGACCAUAAGGAAAUGGAUAAAGAUCAAUCUUUGAUUCUAUUUAGCAAACAUGCAUUCCGAAGGGACUCUCCUCCAAGGGAAUUUGAUUACCUCGCUCAUGAAGUUGUAUCCAUCACCAAAGGGCUUCCCUUAUCCCUUGAGGUUUUGGGCUCAUUAUUGUGCGGACAAAAGCUACCAUUCUGGGGAGAUUGUCAAUACUUGGAAAAUACGGACUUCCUCUCGGCUUUUAAGAAUUUAGAGGUUUUGAUCCUCAAUUCUUGUUCGAGACCGCAGCAGGUCGACUCUUCAAUUGGAGGCAUGAAGGCCCUCCUUCGCUUGGAGUUGCGCCUGCGUGACAGCCUCACGAAGCUUCCGGAAGAAAUAGGUGAAUUAAAGGCGCUGGAGCAACUCCUCCUAGAAAACACUCCAAAACUUUCUGCAUUACCGGAAAGCAUAGGGUCUUUGGAGAAUCUAGAAAUUCUAAAUAUUGCACGCAGUGGUAUAGAAGAAUUACCCGACAAUAUUGGAAGUGGUAUAGAAGAAUUACCCGAUGGUAUUGGGAGGCUGAGAAAUCUUCGAGAAUUACGUGCUGGUGGAUGCCAAAAAUUGGGAGGAAAACUUUCGGAAAGCAUAGGGUCUUUGCAGAAUCUAGAAGAGCAAGUUGACUCUUCGAUUGGAGACAUGAAGGACCUCGUUCGCUUGGAGUUGAGGCGCUGUUGUAGCCUCACGAAGCUUCUAGAAGAAAUAGAAGAAUUACCCGAUGGUAUUGGGAGGCUGAAAAAGCUCCGAGAAUUAGAUGCUUUUGAUUGCAAAAAUCUCAAAGGGGAAAUGCCGGAAAGCAUGGGGUCUUUGGAGAAUCUAGAAAUUCUAAAUAUUUCUCGGAGUGGUAUAAGAAAAUUACCCAAUGAUAUUGGGAGGCCGAGACGACUCCGACAUUUAGAUGCUUCAUGGUGCCGUGAACUGGGAGGGGAAUUGCCAGAAAGCAUGGGGUCUUUGGAGAAUCUAGAAAUUCUAGAUAUUUCUGACGCUGGCAUAAAAAAAUUUCCCAAUGAUAUUGGGAGGCUGAGACAGCUCCGAGAGUUACGUGCUUCACAUUGCAAAAAUCUCAAAGUGGAAAUGCCGGAAAGCAUAGGGUCUUUGGAGAAUCUAGAAAUUCUAGAUAUUUCUUCGAGUGGUAUAAGAAAAUUACCAAAAAGUAUCGGGAGGCCGAGAAAGCUCCGAGUUUUAGAUGCCGCAGUUGCGAAAACCCCGGAAGGGAAAAUGCCGCCCAACGCAUGGGGUCUUUGGAGAAUCUAG